AUGACUACACUAGAAAAGAUUGGUAUUCAAGGUAUUAGAAGUUACAGUGAUGAAGAUGUUGAAGUUCUUGAAUUUUCGACUCCUAUUACUAUAAUAUAUGGAAAUAAUGGAAGUGGCAAAUCGACAAUAAUUGAAUGUCUGAAAGUGAGUUGCACAGGUGAUUUCCCUCCAAAUGCUGAAAAAGGUAAAUCAUUUUUACAUGACCCUUUAAUAUCUAAUAAGAUGAAUAUAAGAGGUAAAAUCGAUGUUCUUUUAAAUAAUUAUAAUAAUAAACGUAUAGGUAUAUCUCGUUCUUAUAAUUUAUUUUAUUCAAAAGAUAAAAAUAAGAAAGUAAAACAUACAUUUCGAGCUUUAGAUAAUAAUAUAAUUAUAAAAAAAGAUAAAGGUGAUGAUUUAAUUAUUACAAAUAAAUGUGUUGAUAUUAAUAAUCAUAUCCCUAAGUUAAUGGGUGUUUCUAAAUCUUUAUUAGAUAAUGUUAUUUUUUGUCAUCAUGAUGAGAAUCUGUGGCCAUUUAGUGAAUCUAUAAAAAUAAAAAAGAAAUUCGAUGAAUUAUUUGGAGAUGAUCAUUUUUCUAAAAUCUUAGAAGAAUUAUUAAAAUGUAAGAAAUAUUUAAAUGAUUUAUUAAAAAGAAAAGAAUAUGAUUUAAUACAUUUAAAAGAAAAUUAUGAAAAAAAAAAAUAUAUGAAUAUAGAAAUUCAAAAAUAUGAAAAGGAAAUAGAAAGUGCUCAAAUAUGUAUACAAUUAGAUGUAGAAGAAAUACAAGAAAAUACAAUUAUUUUAAAUAAUUUAAUUAAAAAAAAAAAUCUUUUAUAUAAAUUAAUAGCAGAUAUAGAUUCCUAUUUUUUAUUAUAUAAAAAAUUUCAAAUCGAUGCAGACACAUAUAAAGAUCUUAAUGAAAUAUAUGAAGAAAGUUAUACUGAGUUAAUACAAUUCCAAGAUGUUUUUAAUAAGGAUAUUAAUAAAUAUCAAAUGUUCAUUCAAAAUGUAAAACAAGAUAUAAAUAAUUUACAACAAGAAAAACAAACAUGCAUGCAUAAUUAUAAGGAAUCUAACACUAAUGAUUAUAAUCAUGAUCUAACCAAAAAGGAAUUACAUCAAUCUAUAAUAAAAAGAGAUUAUAUAAUAAAUAAUCUAAAUCAUAUAUGUUUUAAUCAUAAUGAUAAUAUAUUAUAUAAUUCUAUACAAAAUAAUCUUACAAAUAAAGAACAGCAAAAAGAAAAAAAUCUAAAAAUAAAUAUAAAAAAAAUAAUGGCAAAGCAUGAUGAAUGCUUAUCUAUUAAACAGAAUUUGUUACAAGAAUAUGUGGAAUUAUUAAACAUGUAUGAUAUAUAUAAAGAUGACAUAACAUUGUAUAAUAAUGAUGAUAUAUUAGAUAAUAAAAAUGCAAAUCACCUUUGUUUGAGUGUAAAGGUUAUAGAAGAAUUAUUUUUUUUAAGUGACAAAAAAGUGGAAAAUAAAAAUAUCAAUAAUAAUAAUAAUAAUAAUAAUAAUAGUAAUAAUAGUAAUAAUAGUAAUAAUAAUAGUAAUAAUAGUAAUAAUAAUAGUAAUAAUUAUUUUUUUUUUUAUGAUCAAAAAAGUGGUCAAGGUCAAAACGUUUCAAAAAUAUUAUCCAAGGUUCCUCUUUUAAAAAAGAAACAUGAGAAAAAAUUAGAUUCCAUAAGAUAUGUUUUAAAAAGAUAUAUAUCACAUAUAAAACAAAAUAAAUAUAAAAAAAAAAAUAUUAUAUACAAAAUAAAAAAUUUGAAAAAAAGACUAUUGAACAUUGAAAAGAAAAUAAAAUUAUUAGAUAUAUAUAAAAAUAAAUUAAUCAAAUUAAAAUCUGAUGAUAUUAUAUAUGAACAAAAUUUAAAAAAAAUAGAAAAAUUAAAUCAACUAAAAUGUUUAUAUGAUAAUCUAACUACUCUUGAUGAUGAUAUAGAUUCUUAUAAUAUUCAAAAAGAAAAUAAUUAUUAUGAAGAACAAAUAGAAAAAAAUAUUAAACAAAUUAAUGAUAUACACCAAUUAAAAAUAUCCAUACUUUUUUUUUUUAAUAUCAUAAAGAAUUAUAAUUUGUUCUAUCAAUAUAUACUAUGUUAUAAAAAAAUACAUGCAAAUUAUAUUAUCUUUUAUGAUAUAUUCUUUUCUUUAUUUCGUUUUAUAAAAAGAGAUUUUUACAAAAUUUUUAGUAUGUUGAAAGAGAAGGAUAUGGAUUUUUAUGAUUAUAUUCAGAGGGCCAUCGAACAAAAAAUAUUAAGUGUUGAUAUAAAUACCAAUGUUGAAUUAAAAAAUAAUAAUAAUAAUAAUAAGAAGAACACACAAAAUAAUAAAUCAUGUGAUAGUUACCAUGUGAAUGGAAAUAAAGAAUUUAAAAUGAACAAUAAAAUGACCAAACUGAAGAGUAACAUAGAAAUAGAAGAAAAUAUAGAAAGAAUAAAGGAUAAGAAAAUAAAUUCAAGCGAAUUUAAUAUAGAUCUAAUAAACCAUAUACAUCAUGUGAAUGAUCAAACAAUUAAUAGUAAGUCAAUACUUUAUAUGGAUGAACAUCUACAAAAGAAAAGACAACAAAAUGAAAGAAUAAAUGAUUAUACAUGUAAAUUAAAGAAACAAAAAAUGACACCAACACAUGCAGAUAUAUCGAUUAUAAAGAAUAAAAAGUAUUUAGAUAUAUUAUCAAAUAUUAUAAAUAUAUAUAUAGAAAAAUAUGAACAUAAGAUUAAUAAUAUAAAUAAUUAUAUUAUAAUAUUAAAAGAAAAGGUUUUACAAAUAUCUAAAGAAUUAAAUAAUAUUAAUAAUAAAAUGAAUGAAUAUAAAAACUUUUUAUCAAAUUUUAAUCAUAUGCUUAAAGAAAAAAAAUAUAAAGAUGUUAAAGAAUUUAUUAAUUAUUUAGAAUUAAUUAAAAAUGAAUUAAAAAUAAAAAAAAAAAAUUUAUGGAUGUUACAUGGUAAAGAGGAUCUGAUGAAUGAAUUUAAGAAACACAUACAACAAAAAGAAAAACAAAAUUGUGAUAGUAAUAAUAAAACAUGUAUAAUAGAACAAAAGAAAUGUUUAUUGUGUAAUAAUAUCAUAUCUGAAAAUAAUAAAGAUAUAGAACAAAUCGAAAUAUAUAUAGAAGAAGAAAAAAGUCAAAUGUUAAAAAAAAUGGAAGAAUCUAAAAAUGAUAUUACUAUUUUAAAAAAUAAAAAAGAAGAUCAUAUCAUAUUAUUAAAUUAUUAUUAUAAUCAUAUACAACCUAUGUAUAAAUAUACGAAUGAUUUAAAUGAACUCGUCGAAAAAUUAAAAGAAGAACUUUUAUAUGUUCAAGAUAGUAUUGAAAAAUAUAAUACAAAAAUAAAAAAUGUUCAUACAAAAUAUCAAUUAGUUCAAAAAUUUAAACAAACAUGUAUACAUUUAAUGAAUAUACAAAAAAAUAUAUUAGAUGAAGAAAAAUAUGUAACAGAUCAAUCUAUGCAAAUAAAAAAAAAUUUUCAAGAAAUACAAAAUAAAAUAAAUGAUAAUAUAAAGAAUAAUAAAAUGAAUAAUAAUAUGAACAGUUAUAAUAAUACAUCUACUUGUGAUCAUUUUUUAUUUUUUGUAGAAAAAUUAAAUCACAUGAUACAAAAUUUAGAUAUUUCCAUAGAUGUAAAGGAAUCUAAUUUAUUAAGAAAUGUUAAAGAAUUUUUAAAAAAUUUUUUAAGAUAUAAUAACAAAGAUGUUAUAAAUAUUUUUUAUAAAAAAAUAUUAUGUGCAACAAAUGUAGAUGAUUAUUAUUUUUUUAUGCCUUAUAAUGAUAUUAUUAAUAUAGAUUUAAAUGAACAUUAUAAUUACAGAAAAAAUUAUGAAGAUAGUAUGAAAUAUAAUUUAUAUAAUAUUAAUGAUAAUAAUUAUAUCUGUAAAUUGCUUUCACCUGAUAAAGGAGUUCAUAUAAGAGAUGAUAAUUCAAUUGAUCAAACAUUAAAAAAAAAACAUUUACAUGAAAAAAAAACAAAAACAGACAGUGAUGAAAUAAUUCCUUUUGAUAAUAUCAUAUGUGACGAUGCAUUUUAUGAAGCCGAUGUGUAUAAUUCUUAUAAUAAAAAUUUAAUCGAUGGUUAUAUAAGUCCGUGUAAAAAUAAAGAAGAAAGUGUAAAAAAAAACACCAUGGAUUGUAUAGAAGAAAUAUCUAACAAAGUAUCAAACAGUGAUGAUAUAUUAAAGAAUGACAAGAAGGUCUUAAUGAACAAAAUUAAUAAUUCUUUUAUUUGGUUUGUAUUAAAUGUUGGAGAGUCUUAUGACAAGAAUGGAGAAAUAAAAGAAAAUAAAAAAAAUGACAUGAAUGGAGAAAUAAAAGAAAAUAAAAAAAAUGACAUAAAUGGAGAAAUAAAAGAAAAUAAAAAAAAUGACAUAAAUGGAGAAAUAAAAGAAAAUAAAAAAAAUGACAUAAAUGGAGAAAUAAAAGAAAGUAAAAAAAAUGACAUAAAUGGAAUGUGCGAUGACAUAAACGGAAUGUGCGAUGACAUAAACGGAAUGUGUGAUGAUAUAAAAGGAAUGUGCGAUGACAUAAACGGAAUGGGCGAUGACAUAAACGGAAUGGGCGAUGACAUAAAUGGAAUGCCUGACCAUAUAAAAAAAAAUACCUGUGACACAUUUUUUAAAUGCUCCAACUUUGUAAACAAUUUACCUUCAAUCAUAGAAAACAAUAAACGCUUUGAAAAAAUAUAUGGUAACUUUUUGUGUUGUCUAAAUGUUGAAGAAUAUACAAGAAAAGAGCAAAACAAGAUGAUAGAAAAGAUGAAAAUUGUUAUAAAGGAUAGAGAAGCUUAUAUAAUAAAAAAAAGGAAAGUUCUAGAAAAGACUAUAAACAUAGAUAAAAGGAUUAGAGACUUAAUAAAAAAAAUGGAUAUUUACAUUUUAUAUUAUAAAGAGAAAAAAAGAAAACUUAUGGAUGAAAAAAUAAAUGUAUAUUAUUCAUUAAUUGAACAAUGUGAUACUCAUUUAAAAUACAUAAAAAAAUAUAUUAGAAAUAAUAAAAAAAGUAUAUUUUUAGAAAAUCGAAAUUAUUAUUUAAAAAUGAAUAUCAUCUAUAUUUCUAUAAAAAAAUUAAAACUUAUAGAAGAAGAAAUAUCAAAUAAAGAAAAAUAUUUAAAAGAUAUGGAAGACAAAUUAAAUAGUAAUGAAAUAAUUAAAAAUCAAGUAAUUUGUAUUGAUAAAAAAAUUAAUGAAAAAAAAGAACAUAUUUUAUGUUUAGAAAAAGAAAAAAUGAAUAUAGAAAAAAUGUUACAUAAUAUUGUUAUGAAUACAAAUAUGAAGAAAAUGUAUGAACAAUACAUGGAACAUCAUCAAAAGUUUUUAUUAUCUUUGAAUCAGUUAAAGACAUCUUUUUUUUUUUUCUAUGAUAAAGAAAAUGGAACAAAUAAAAAUAUAUCUCAAAAAGAAUAUACACAUCAUAUAAAUGGUAAUGAAAAACAAAUAGGACAUGAUAAUAAUAUAUCUUCAAAUGAUGAAUCUACAAAUAAAACAAAUAUGUUUAAUCAUGUAGAGAAUGAAAUAAAUUAUAUUAAUGAUAUUGUAAAAAAACUUGAAGAAAAUUAUAACAAUAAUACUAAUAUAUAUAAUUUUAUUAAUAAAACUUUUGAUAUUACAGAUUCUCUAAAAAAUAAAUUAAAAGAUAUUAUAAAAAUACAAGAAGAUGAUUUAAAUGAACAAAUCGAAAAGCAUACAAAAUCUAUAACAGCAUUAAAAAUUAAAGAAGCUGAAAUGAAUGGCAAAAUUUGUUUAAGAAAAGAAUAUUUAGAAAAAUUAAAAGAAGAUAUAAAAUCUAAAACAUUCAUUAAUAUAGAUAAAGAAUAUAAAAAAAAAAUUAUUGAAAUUUUUGUAUAUAAAAAUGUAAUUAAAGAUAUACAAAAUUUCCAUUUCUCAUUUGAUCAAGCAAUUAUUAAAUUCCAUUCAUUGAAAAUGCAAGAAAUUAAUUUAUCUAUUAAAAAUUUAUGGAGAAGAGUAUAUAAUAGUGCAGAUAUAGAUUAUAUAUAUAUAAAAUCUGAUGUGCAAACUGAACUAACAGAGAAAUCUAGUCAAAGAAGAUCAUAUAAUUAUAGAGUUGUUAUGGUUAAAGACAACUGUGAACUUGAUAUGAAAGGUAGAUGUUCAUCUGGUCAAAAAGUUUUAUCAUCUAUUAUUAUAAGAUUAGCACUAGCUGAAUCAUUUUCUAUUAAAUGUGGUAUCUUAGCAUUAGAUGAACCUACUACAAAUCUAGAUAAAGCAAAUUCAAGAAAUUUAGCUAGCCUACUUGCAAAUAUUGUAGAACUAAGAAAAAACAGCUCAUCAUUUCAACUUAUACUUAUAACACAUGAUAAUUAUUUUGUUGAUGUCUUAUCACAAUAUGGCCUAACCAACUGUUUCUAUAAAAUUAAAAAAAAUAACUUAGGCUAUUCAAAAAUUGAAAGACUUAUUACGUGA